AUGUCUGACAAGCAGUGGAGAAACCUUUCGGAAGAACUUCGGCGCCGGGCGCAGCAGGCGAAGUCGCGGGCUGCUGCUACUACUGGCGGUGGCCGUAACAUCCGCAAUCCCUUCGGCAUGUUCGCCGGGAUUGGCGGUAUUCUCUUGUUGGGCGGGGUGGCGCUCUUUGCCGAAAACGCCCUCUUCAACGUCGACGGGGGUCAGCGAGGCAUCGUAUACUCCCGAGUUACUGGGGUCGGCCAAAAGAUCUACCCUGAAGGUACUCACUUGGUGAUUCCGUGGUUCCAAAGACCCAUCGUCUACGACGUGCGGGCCAAGCCCCGUAACGUGGCGUCGUUGACGGGGACUAAGGACUUGCAAAUGGUCAACAUCUCGUGCAGAGUGUUGUUCAAGCCGGAAAUCUCGCAAUUGCCCACCAUCUACCGGACUUUGGGCACUGACUACGACGAAAAAGUGUUGCCGUCGAUUGUCAACGAAGUGCUUAAGCUGGUGGUGGCUCAAUUCAAUGCGCUGCAGUUGAUCACCCAAAGAGAAAAAGUUUCUCGUCUUAUCAGAGACAACUUGAUCCGUCGUGCUGGCAAGUUCAACAUUUUGUUGGACGAUGUCUCGCUCACGCAAAUGACGUUCUCCCCUGAAUUCUCGCAAGCCGUCGAAUCGAAGCAAAUCGCGCAACAAGACGCGCAACGGGCGGCGUUCGUGGUCGACAAGGCCAUCCAAGAAAAGCAACAGUUGGUGGUUAAGGCGUCGGGUGAAGCCAAGUCGGCCGAGCUCAUUGGUGAAGCCAUCAAAAAGUCGAAGGACUACGUCGAACUUAAGAGAUUGGACACCGCGAGAGAAAUUGCCCAAAUCUUGGCCAAGUCGCCUAACCGGAUCCUCUUGGACAACGACACGUUGUUGUUGAACACUGUCGUCGACUCCAGAUCGAAGUAA